AUGGGCACCAGGACGGGGAUGGAGGUUCCUAUCAUCGGCACCGAUUCUAUCAAAUUCAUCGACACAUCCGUCCCCGACGACGGUGACGCUGAUUUAUCCACCACUACUUCUGCUACUGCUCCUUCAAUUACUAUUACAACCUCUCUCAUUGAAGAUUACGCCUCCUCCUCCAUCAUUGGCAAUCCUCCACUCUAUUUCAUUUGGAGGAUUCAUAAGUCCCAGCCUAACACUCUCGAGUUACUUCAACUCUCUGCUAAUAAAGACUUCCCUGGGACAACCGGGUUGCGAAUUACUUUCCCCCAUGCCCUUUGCCCUUUCGCUUAUGUUUGCCAGAAUCAGAACCAGAUGCAUGGUUUCUCUACUGCUAAUCCAUUCUUACUCUAUGCAUUGACGGUUUCGGGAGUUGCUUAUCUUAUCAAACUCCGAAACAUUUCUGCUUAUUCUUCCUUGCCUGUUUUCCCAAGGGAUGAGGUUACCCAGUUUAGUUUGAAUGAUUGUCAUUUCAAUAAUUCCGAGCCUCUGGCAAUAACUAGUGUAGCAGCCAGUGCUGGCUGUCUUGCUGUUGGUAGAAAUGAUGGAUCUGUUGCUUGUUUUCAACUUGGAUUGCUUCACCAUACCACUCCUGGUUUUGUGCAUGAGUUGCAGGAUGAUUCGGGGAUCAGUCGUUUGUGGGGUUUUGUGUCAAGGGGUAGGACGGUAGGGGCUGUACAAGAUUUGGUAACAUCAGAGGCAUAUGGGCUAAAACUUCUGUUUGUGCUUCAUUCUGAUGGGAUGUUACGAGUAUGGAACUUGUCCUUCCGCAGCAAGAUUUUAUGUCACGCAUUGGGGAUUCCAAAUUCAGAAGGCAACUCCUGUGCUACAUUUGCCAGAUUGUGGGUCGGUGAAGUCAAUGAGGAUUCAAACAUAACUCCAUUGGCCGUUUUGUAUAGACAAAAUUUGGAGCGAGAUGAUUCACAUCUAUCGCCUUCACUGUACUUUGGGGGACAGGAUCGUUUUGUCAGUGGAGUCUUCAAUGCAAGAUAUUCCUCUGGAGGAGGGGAGUGCAUUGAUGUCAAGCUCACUUCAGACAAGAUAUGGAUAUUAAACGACCACGGAUUGCUAUUUCAUAAAUUGUUUCAUAUUGAUACGGAAGAUGCCCGCUGCUAUACUUUGCAGGAAGAAUUUGUCGCUGAGCAGCUAUUUCAAAGUUCCGAACUUUCUUCAGAUGAUCUUCUUUGGACUGCAUAUUCAAUAUUUUCAUCUACAAAGCUUCUAUGUGUGAUAUAUGGUGUAAAUGCGAAAGAUAUGUUGCUUACAUUUGCUCGAUUUAAAUUUUUACAGGACAACAUUGUGCCGUUUGUAUCUUCUAUCUUUAUACGUAGAUUGCUUCUGCCUGGUGUUCGUCACAAUGGCGUGCUUCGUUCAACUUUGCUGGAUUACAACAGGCACUGGCCCGAUAUGGAAUUCCAUUCCUUAACUGCCGAUGGACUCAAAAAGGAAGUUCGUUCAGUGAUUGAAAACCAGGCACUUCUUCAAUUUUUCCCUUUAAUCACAGAUUCAAUUAUGUCCAAACUUUGCUCUUCAGACGAACUUGUUGAUCUUGCAAGCUUUGGAUUGGAUUUAUCUAAUGAUGAGUCUGAACGUGGGAUUCUUUUAGAAGUUCUGAGAUGCAUUAUUAGUAUGAGCCAACAACUCGGGAAAUCAGCUUCUGCAGUAUUUUACGAAUCUCUCAUAAGCACACCCAUUGUUUCAUCAGAGGAAAUUGCUCCACGCUUGCUGAAGAUUCUGGAAACUGGAUACCGUUCAUCAGUAUCAUCCGUUCACAUAUCAGAUCUUGGAGGUGCUUUUGCUUGGGAGAAGGAACUGGCAGAUCUCAAAAGUUUGAGGAAAUUCUCUAUUGACAUGCUAUUAUCUCUCCGAAAUUUGUCCAGAAAAGCUACAUCGUGGAGCAGCAUUUUGAAUGUAAUUGAAAGCUAUGUACAAUUUCUUGUACCCCGGAGGAUCAUACAAAAAUUAGAUGCUGAAAUGUCAUUCAAUAUCAAUACUUCUAUUUUGGUUCAGGCUACUUCUCAAAUUGCUAAGGUUAUGUUUGAGUCUUCAUUGGAUGUUCUUCUGUUUGUUAGCUAUCUUCUGAAUAUCGGUGGACAGGGUUUAAGGCUGCUUGAACCAAGAGAAAUGAGAUUCAAUGGCUGUUGGGUUGCCAUGAGCUGUAUCUACGGUAACUGUAGCUGGGCUGGCUUUGGAAGAAGCAGAAUACAACUUGAAUUCAUUCCUAUGAUUCAAGAAAUUGUUUCCGAGUGGUUGAUUAUUCAUUUCCUUAGCACCACAUCAUCUGAAUCUCCUUCAAUUGAAGAUUUUAGUUCUCAACUCUCAUCUUUGCAAAUCGAUAACAAAACUGACAGAAGAUCAUGGAAUGAAAAACUUGGGAAAUGUGAUUUUACGUUGGCUUUUAUACUUUUGCUAACAUUUCAAAAUUCCUCUGGAGACCCGAGCCAACCGUCUUUACAAUGUCUCCCAAAUCCACAAGAGAUAGUUAAUUUAGUGAGAGACUUUACAAGCUGGAUUAUCUGGGGCAAAACUGGGGAAGAAUCUACUUCUUUUCUAAGGCGUUCUUCUGAGAUUGCGUUAAUCCUUCUUAGGCAUGGUCAAUAUGGUGCUGUUGAGUAUCUGCUUACAGUUGUGGAGGCUAAUUCACGGAGGGAGAAGGUAUCUAGAAGCAUUCAAGACAAUGAUGGUGAUUGGUGCAUUCUUCAACAUCUUCUAGGAUGUUGCCUCCUUGCUCAAGCUAGGUAUGGGUUCCAUGGAGUGUUGAAAGAGAAGAAAGUUUGUGAAGCCAUUCGCUGUUUUUUCAGAGCUUCAUCUGGACAAGGAGCUUCCCAAGCUUUGAAAGAUUUGUCCCAUGAUGCAGGAUUACCCAAUCUUGGUUUUGAUGAUUGUGUCUCUUCUGCUGCUUGGAAGCUUCAUUACUACCAAUGGGCAAUGCAGAUAUUCGAGCAAUAUAACAUUAGUGAAGGUGCCUCCCAGUUUGCACUUGCUGCGCUGGAACAAGUUGAUGAAGCUCUUAGUCAGAAAAAUGAUUCAUCUGGGAUCGAUGUUUCCAAUGAAUCAGACACUACCAUCAGAGGACGGCUUUGGGCGAAUGUCUUCAAGUUUACUUUAGACCUCAAUCACUUAUAUGAUGCAUAUUGUGCAAUACUUUCAAAUCCAGAUGAGGAGAGCAAAUACAUCUGCCUGAGGCGUUUCAUAAUAGUUCUCUAUGAGCGUGGGGCGAUGAAGGUAAUUUGUAAUGGACAGUUACCCUUCAUUGGUUUAGCAGAGAAGAUAGAGCAAGAGCUCGCUUGGAAGGCAGAACGUUCUGAAAUCUUGGCAAAGCCGAACCCAUAUAAGUUGCUUUAUGCAUUUGAAAUGCACCGACAUAACUGGCGAAGAGCAGCAAGUUACAUAUAUCAAUAUUCAGCUCGUUUGAGGACUGAGUUAGAUCUGAAAGAUCACCAGCGCAUGUCACUGGUGCUGCAAGAGAGGCUGAAUGGCCUCUCUGCUGCAAUCAAUGCUCUGCUUCUUGUCCAAUCUGAAUAUGCUUGGAUAGAUUCUCUGUUUGAGGGAAAUUCUGUUCGUAAUGAGAGUUAUCCCAGUAAAAAGGCUAAAAAGUUGGUGAAAGAAUGUUUGACUGGGAAUGAUGUUCAGGCCCAAACGCUGCAGUUUUACAUUGAUGUUGAGAAACUUGAAAAGGAGUUCGUGCUAACGUCUGCAGAAUAUUUGCUUUCAUUAUCAAAUGUCAAAUGGACAUUCACUGGAACAAAAAAGGCUCCUUCAGAUUUGGUUGAUCUCUUAGUCGAGACAAACUUAUAUGAUAUGGCAUUUACAGUUCUUUUAAAAUUCUGGAAUGGUUCAGGAUUGAAUAGGGAAUUGGAAAGAGUUUUUUCUGCUAUGUCGUUGAAAUGCUGUCCCAACAAACUGGGCUCCUCAUCUACCGGGAUGCAUGGUCUUUUGUUGACGUCCUCGAAGGAAGAAAUAGUUGUUCAUGGUUCACCUGAUAUGGGCCUUACUUCACAGCAUCAUCAGGGGAAUGCUCAGUGGGAGACUCUUGAGCUUUAUCUUAAAAAAUAUAAAGCUUUUCAUGCUGGAUUACCAGCAACAGUUGCUGAAACGCUUCUCCGCACAGAUCGUCAGAUUGAAUUGCCUCUGUGGCUGGUACACAUGUUCAAGGAGAGUCGAAGGGAUAGGACCUGGGGGAUGGCUGGCCAAGUAUCAAAUCCUGCAUCUUUGUUUCGGCUAUAUGUUGAUUAUGGUCGAUUUACAGAAGCUACAAAUCUGUUGCUUGAGUAUACCGAAUCAUUUGCAUCAGUGAGACCAUCGGACUUGAUUAAUCGGAAAAGGCCAUUUGCGGCAUGGUUCCCAUACACAGCAAUAGAGCGCCUAUGGUGCAAGCUUGAGGAAUUGAUUAAUUUGGGUCACAUGGCUGAUCAAUGUGGCAAGCUCAAAAGCCUAUUGUAUGGAGCUUUGCAGAACCACCUCAAGCAGGUGAAGGUGGACUCUGAAGAUGCAUUAUCCGCUGCUGUCUGUUAA